AUGGCCGACGCCGAGAUCAACGAAACGCCGUUCUCUUACCGGCCAAUGUACGAGGAGGAAGACGGGACUUGGCAGCCGCCCCGAUUCGCCGAAGAUUCCUUCUGCGGCGACGGCGCCAGUACUUCGAGGCAGCCUCAAAGGCAUUUCAUCUACGAACCGUCGCCCAUGCAGUUGGCUCUGACCCAGCCGAGUCGGAAAAGACAUCUCGAUGAUGAGAAUGAGGAUGAAGAUACGAUUCGUGAGUGAAAUUUGUUGGAAGAAAAAAAAAAAGAAAGAGAAUGAGAUGUGAGAAAGACAGCUUAUAAAAUUGUAUUUAUUGAAAAGUAAUAAAAAAGCAGGAUUGGGGCCAUAAAAAAGUUAGCUUUUAAAUGUGAGAAGUACUAUUAUGUGUGUAAUUUGAUGGAAAUGGAGCAAAAAAGUCGACGAACCUCAAAAAUAAAACCAGAUGAUUCUGAAGGACGAUAAUUAAGAUAAAGUUCUACUAAAUGAUGAAGUGUUGAGAAUAUUCUUCUGGAAGUUUACAAGAGGAUGAAUUUGUAGUUGAGGAUAAUGAAAAUAUAGAAUCUUAUCUAAGCCAAAACAAAACAAUUACCUUUUCCAGGAUCGAAAAUUCGCAGCGGCGACUACGAACUGGUCGAGUUCCAAGAGCCAGGAAAUUGGGUGACGCUUGUCUACUACGAAGAAGGUGUCCAGUGCGUGAAACCUUGUGACGUUCACUCGCAAUAUUUUCUCGUUGAUGGGUUCACUUGCUCCACUACUGACAAGGAUAACAGGCAAGUUUCUUUUUGAAAAGAACAGAAGGCAAAAACGUUCAGUAACUCUUAAAAACUUUGCAGACUCUCCUUGGGCUACCUCAACAACGUCCGAAGAAGCAAGGACAUUUCCGAAUUUAGGAAUUUGAUUUCCCGGGGCAUUCGGCUCUACUAUUUGGGUGGCGAGGUUGGAAGCGGUCUUUUUGAAUAUUAAAGGAGCAUGGUCAUUUCCGUGAAAGGUCUCAAUGCUACAGGGUGAGCAAUAAAUAUUGAAACGCGUUUGAAACGUUAUAACUUUUUCAAAAGUCAACCAAACACCACCAAACUUGGAGCAAAUUUUAUUCAUACAAUAUAGAAACAAAAUUCGAGAAUAGUUUUCAAAACGUCCUCCUUUAGCUUUGAUAACGGCCAUCAGUCUCUUCGGAUACGCAUCGAUCACGGCACGAAGGUAGUCGUCGUCGAUUUCGUCCCAUUUCUUGAUGAGCGCGGUUUUCAGCGCUUUGAUACUUGGGUAGUUCUUAGAAGAGACCUUCUCGGUCAGAUAUAUCCACACGGCAUAGUCCAUCGGGUUGAGGUCGGGCGAGGAAGCAGGCCAAUCAGCAGCCGAGAUGAACUCGGAAAAUUGGCGCGACACCACUCUUGAGUCCCUUUGGCACGAUGAGCGGGGCGCCUUCUUGCUGGAAGGUCCAUGGUCGGUUUCCGUAGUGAGAGUUGGCUCAGGGCAACACCCUCAACUUUAA